UCUUCCUCUUCCUUCGACUUUCGGAGGAACGAAACGCGACCGCGCGUCCGUCGCCAUUUCAUUCCGGAGCCGGAAAAACUUUCGCGUGGGGGCGGCAGGGCAGGAGGCGAAGACGACCGGAGAAGAAGGCAGGAAGGAAGGAAAGGGAGGGGGCAAAAGAGAAUGGCGGGAGGGACGCCGGCCUGCAUCUUCUGCCAAAUCGCCCGCUCCUCCACCUCCACUCCUCUCCUCCACUCCGACGAUCGAGUGGUCGCGUUCGAAGACAUCAAUCCCUCCGCUCUGAGGCAUUAUUUGGUGAUUCCAGUGGAGCACAUUUCAACUGUGAAAGACCUCAAAAGGAGAGCUGAAGACUAUACCUUGGUGAGUCACAUGCUGGAUGUGGGGAGAAUGCUUUUACAGAGAGAUGUGCCUCAGUCAAAGCAUUACAGGUUUGGCUUUCAUCAGCCUCCAUUCAACAGUGUCAACCAUUUGCAUCUUCAUUGUUUGGCACUACCUUUCAUACCCAGAUGGAAACAUAUGAAGUACUUGUCAUUGGGACCACUUGGUGGGUUUAUCGAAGCAGAGAAGUUAUUGGACAAACUAAAACCGGAGUAACGAAAUCAUGCACAACCUUAAUCUUCAAUUGAAUGAUAACGACUUGGCCAAUACUUGCAUGCCAUAAAUACUUUACAUUGGGCAAAUUUAUUAACAACAUCCACGACUUUAUCCUUAGUUACACACUGCACCCUGUGUUUUUCAAACUUAUAGUUUGAGACUCUAUUUUUAAACCCCUUACUUUGCACCUUAAGGUUUCAAGGAAAUUCUGCUUUGCACCCUUAUGUACUUUUUCUAACCUUUUCCCAAUGGUGUAGACUCAACAUACGAAUUAUAAGUCUUCAGGGUGCAAAGUGUGGGAUUUUGAAACUAGAGGUGCAAAUUGUUGGUAAGGGAAAGCUUAAGAUAAUAUUUGUAAUUGUUGCAAGUCCCAUGAAUUAUCAUGACUAAGUGAUGAGUUGCUGUCCGAUGGAUGUACCAAUUCUUGUAAUUUUCUUCAAUCGCUGCCUAUGAGCAAGGGUCUGAAAGUGAGAAUGGACCAACGGUCUGUGCUCUUUAUUUUCCCUUUCCUCUUGUGAUUGAUUUGGCAAGGAAACUACAUCAGAAAUGUUUGUGAGAUUCGCUUGAUGCUAUCACUUCUAAAUAGGAAUCAGUUUCAUA